UGCGUUGUUAAAAUAGUUUUAUCUUUGGAAAAUACUUUUAAAACUUUAUCAAUUAGUAGCUAAAAGUGUUAAUAUUUAUAUAAUUAAUCAAAUUCUCCAUCAUUCUUGAUAACAAUAUUAAAAACUAUAUAAAUAAUGUUUAUGCACUGAUAUGCUUUUAUUGAAUUUUAUAACAUUUUACUAUACUGCUGAAAAAUGAGGUUACAAGUGGGAUUAUGUACCCUUUCUCUGAUAUUUUUAGUAUUGCUUUUAGAACCGGCGUCUGGAUACAAUAUUGUGUGUUAUUUUUCAAGCUGGGCUAUAUAUAGAAAUUUUACUGCAGCAAAGUUUGAUAUUUCUAAUAUAGACCCCUCUUUGUGCACCCACAUUAAUUUUGCGUUCGUAGAAUUAUUUGAAGACGGUUCUUUAUUCAUAGUAGACCCUUGGGAAUCCGACGAUGAUGGUAAAUACCACGGUUUUCAACAUCUGGCUGAAUUAAAACAAUCUCAACCAGAAUUAAAUAUAUUGAUUAGUCUUGGAGGAUGGAAUGAGGGUUCCAAAAAUUUCUCUGCUGUGAGUGCUGAUCCCGAAAGCAGAAGCCGACUGGUAUCUCAAACAUUAGAAUUAAUUGAAAAAUAUAAGUUCGAUGGUAUUGAUAUAGAUUGGGAAUAUCCAACAUUAAGAAGUGCGGCUCAUUUCGAAGAUAAGGAAAACUUUGUAUUACUACUGAAAGAUUUUAGCGAGGCUUAUAAACCAAAAGGUCUUUUGGUAACAGCAGCUCUUGCAGGAGCAGUAGAUAAAAUUAAUGCUGCUUAUGAUGUUGACGAAAUCACAAAAUAUUUGGAUAUGUUAAACCUUAUGACUUAUGAUUAUCAUGGUGCUUUCGACAAUUUUAUAGGACAUAUUUCUCCUCUGCAUGCUUCAUCUUUAGAUUACAAACAUGGAAGGAACUCAACCUACAUUGUUGCUACUGGUCUUGAAUAUUGGUUAUCCCUGAAUGUCGAUCCGGCUAAAAUAAAUAUGGGUGUUCCCACUUACGGUAGAACGUUCACUCUUCUGGACCAGGAUCACACUUCACUUUAUGAUCCUGUUGCUGGACCCGGAAAGAAGGGAGAAUACACAGGAUUGAAAGGUUCUUUGGGGUAUCAUGAG